AUGGCUGACUUUGACAUGGUUUUGAAGUGCUGGGGUCCAGUGGAGGCGGACUACACCACCCACGGGAACCUGGUUCUGACCCGUUUGUUCACGGAGCACCCGGACACUCAGAAGCUGUUCCCCAACUUUGCUGGCAUCCCUCAGGGUGACCUGGCCGGUAACGGAGCUGUUUCCGCCCACGGCGCCACUGUGCUAAAGAAACUUGGUGACCUGCUGAAGGCCAAAGGAAACCACGCUACCAUCCUGAAACCUCUGGCCCACAGCCACGCCACCAAGCACAAGAUCACCAUUAACAACUUCAGGCUGAUUACCGAGGUCAUUGCUAAAGUCAUGGAGGAGAAGGCAGGGCUGGAUGCAGCCGGGCAACAGGCUCUGAGGAAUGUGAUGGACGUCGUCAUCGCUGACAUUCAAGCAAACUACAAAGAGCUGGGCUUCGAAGGCUGA